CGGGGCGGAGGGUGGCGGGAGGGCGCGAGGGCGGGCCGGGGGCCGGUUCCGCGCGCCGAGAUUUUUAAAUGUCCCGCUCGCGGCCGGGCGCAGGAGCAGCCGGCUCGCCCGCCAGCGCGGUGUAGGGGGCAGGCGCGGAUCCCGCCGCCGCCGCGCGCUCGCCCGCCGCCGCCUCCGCCGCCCGCCCGCCGCCCGCCGCCCGCCGCCCGCCGCCUCGGCGCGUGCCGCCCGCCUGUCGCGGACCCGCUUCGGGCCCGAGUCUGACCGAGCCCCGCCAUGCCGAGCGAGAGCCGGGAGAGCCGGGAGAGCAGGGAGAGGGAUGCCAAGGAGCCGGACCCCUCGAAGGAGGACAGUGGCGCGGACGCCUCGGCCCACUCCAGGAAGAGGAAGGCGAACGUGGCCGUGUUCCUGCAGGACCCCGAUGAGGAAAUCGACAAAAUCGACAGGGCUGGGCCGAGCCGGGAGGACGAUCAGCCGUGGGCGGGCGGCGCAGCCUGUGGGAACCCCUGUGCCCUGAUGCCCACGCCGGACAAGGACGACAACGAAGUGGCGUACCCCACCUCCGCACACAAGCACCCCUGCGCCAGGCCCCCCCGGGCCUCACCCCUGCCUCUGCUGAACUGGGCAAACCGGGAGGAGGUGUGGAUGAUCAUGCUGAAAAAGGAGAUGCGGUACCUGCACGACCAGCACCUGCUGCAGCGGCACCCGCUCCUGCAGCCGAGGAUGCGCGCCAUCCUGCUGGACUGGCUGAUGGAGGUGUGCGAGGUGUACAAGCUGCACAGGGAGACCUUCUACCUGGCGCAGGACUUCUUCGACCGCUACAUGGCCUCGCAGCACAACAUCGUCAAGACGCUGCUGCAGCUCGUCGGCAUCUCGGCCUUGUUCAUCGCCGCCAAGCUGGAGGAGAUCUACCCGCCGAAGCUGCACCAGUUCGCGUACGUCACGGACGGGGCCUGCUCGGUGGAGGACAUCCUCACCAUGGAGCUGAUCAUCAUGAAGGCUCUGAAGUGGCAGCUGGGUCCCCUGACCAUCGUGUCCUGGCUGAACGUGUACCUGCAGGUGGCCUACCUGAACGACAUGCACCAAGUGCUCCUGCCCCAGUACCCGCAGGACGUCUUCAUCCAGGUCGCAGAGCUCCUGGACCUGUGCGUGCUGGACGUGGGCUGCUUAGAGUUCCCCUACGGCGUCCUGGCCGCGUCCGCCCUGUACCACUUCUCCUGCCCCGAGCUGACGCACAAGGUCUCAGGGCUGACGUGGAAGAACAUCGAGAAGUGCGUCAAGUGGAUGAUCCCCUUCGCCAUGGUCGUCAGGGAGACGGGGAGCUCGAAGCUGAAGCAGUUCCGGGGCGUCCCGCCCGAGGACGCCCACAACAUCCAGACCCACCUGAGCAGCCUGGACCUGCUGGACAGAGCGCAGGCCAAGAAAGCCAUAUUGUCGGAGCAGAAUAGGGCUUCUCCCCUCCCGUCCGGGCUCCUCACGCCCCCGCCGAGCAGCAAGAAGCAGAGUGGCGAGCCGGAGCCGGAGUGACCGCCAGCCUCCACCAAAGACAGUGGUGCCCAAGUGCCUGCCCGCCCCGCGCCGGAGGCCGCCCCAGCUCCGGGCGCCGAGCACCCUCUGUGGACGGCACCGGACGGAGCGCCGCCCGCGGCCUCGAUGGUGCGACCAGCGGGUCAAGUACACCAGCCACCUCCGGACACGACGCGUCUCUGCUGCUAGGAGGGUGCUGCUUGACCGGAUGGCUCCCGGGCCGGAGCGCGG